AUGACCUUCGACCUGCCGGAGGAACUUCAACCCUUUCUGGACGACAUAACUCUCUCACUUAGUGUCGUUGCCAACUCUCCAUCUCGAGUCCAGAAGGCAGCAGUCAACCUCCAGGGUGUUUAUCGCCAGCACUACAAUAAUGUCUGCAGGAAGUAUCUGCAAGCCAACACUCGUACCCUCCAGUCCCAGCCCGAAACUCAUACACAGCGUCUCAAUGCAAUCCGGCGAAGAUAUGAGACUGAAUUCCAGCAACGGCUCUCGCGAAUGCAAGGGCAAUACCUCGCGACUUCCCAGCGCGAGCAAAGAUCCCUUCCCAAGAGGACCCCAUUCAAUGCUGAGUAUACGCCGCUCCUGGAGAAAUACUUUGAAUACAACGCAUUUCCUCCGUUAAGGGAUCGCGAAUGGCUUGCGAGAAAAUCGAUGAUGACCCCCCGACAGAUCGAAGUCUGGUUCCAAAAUCACCGUCGCAGGGCCCGAAAUGAAGGAAGGCGCCUCGAAAGAAUUCCAAUGGAUAGAAUUCCUGUCGAAAUAUCUCUGGACUCGCUGGAAGAGACGAUGGCGCCUUUCCUCGCUCCAAAGUCCAAGCGAUCUCCCAGCGUCCAUCGCCGUCUUACUCCACCAAUCAACUCAUCCCACCCUCGUCCCGAGCAAAUGUCUGCUUCCACCAGCAUAACGACUGUCCUUGACGCGGUGUCUCCGCCUUCAUAUGCCUUCCCGACGAAAUUCUGCCCGUCCUCCCAAAAUCGAGACCAGACCUUUCCUUGUAAGCCAAGCGACUUUGGCCUCUGCGCGGAAGGAAGGACGGGGAAGCCGACCAGCAAACUUCGCAAAAAGACAUGCUCAAUGGCUGCCAUUUGCGAUUCAUUGCUGGUGACGCGUAUUGCGGGACCGCCCAUUGAAACGGAGUCUGAGAGCCCCUGGCAUGCGUCAAGAUGUAUAGGGCACAUCGUUGCCCCUCACCCAGCCCUUGUCCAAACUCCCGCCCCAUCUGCAUCGCAGCCCUCGCCGGCAUCGGCCACUACCACUCAUGCCCACUGUCGAUCUGCCCCAAAAACCAGUGUAAGACAUCGGGAUUUCACACCCUACUAUCUCCCCAGCGCUCUGCCCUCAAGGGCACUAUCCCGAUCAUCGUCCAAUAGUUCCAUGUCGUCAGUUAGCUCAUUUACUGGGCCAAUGACACCAGAAAACUGGCAGAAUCCGACCUUGCCUUUGAUCCAGGGCGACGACGAGCCUUCACCUUCGCCACAGUUCCUCUCCCGAGCGCCUGCGGGUGUACUCGCGACUGCAUUCGAUGCCUACGCCCUUUCACCAGUCUCUUUGGUCCCUGGCAAGCUAGCAUCAAGCUGA